AUGGUAGCACGCAAUCCUUGGCGCGCUGGCGACGCUCAAGCAUGUAGCGAUCACCUCCAAUGGAGACAGCGAGAGGGGCCCUUCAUUUCGUUCUUUACCAGCUGGAACGCAGCUCUACGGAGACAACAUUGGUUGAUAAAUAACGGGGCCAGGGAAGUUAUUAUUGUUGCCGUUUGGUUGGAUGGGUUGCUUUUGGUCUACGAUGCUCGGCGGAUUGCUCGAGAUUUAAACCUUGGUAACCUUCAUUGGUUUCAAAAUGAGGUUCUAGUCCACGGGGGGAUACCCGCCGACAGCUACAGGAUUUUGGCCAUCUUUCACUGCAAUGGGGAUAUCAAGGACGCUGCUCUCCAUCUCGAUGGCUUGAAUACCGAGGUCCGCAUACCAGAAGGGUAUAUUGAUGGGGUCAGCAUCAAGGGGAAUAUUGGUGGGAAGCCUAAUAUAACUGAACUACUUCGAGACGAGCUAUACACCCGCACCGGAACGAGGGACGAUGCCAAGUUCAUUCCGUUGGUAUUGUGCAUGGCGAAUCUCACGUACGAUUGGAAAGUUGAUGAUAGUGCUGGCCCAAUGAUUCUUUUGUCUUUUGGGCCUUUGAGGGGCAUAGGCUGGUGUUUCCCUAACUGA